AUGAUCAAUCCAACCUCAACAACUGGAUAUACCAGUCAAGCAAAUCACUAUCAUCAAAGUGCAAAUAGUUCACCAGCCUUUAAUAACCCUGGGAUGAUGGCACCUCCACCCACAAGCCUACAAUCAUCCCCAAUGAGACCAUUAAAAUCAGUUCCAAAUCAAAACCCAAUGCAAAACAUCCAGAACAUUCCAUUUAGUUCCGCUAUUCCCCAUUCCAUACCAAAUGUAUCUUCAUCACAAUAUCCUCCUAAUUUUCAACCCCAUCAAAUAAAUAACAAUACACCACCUCUUAUUCCUUCUAGUCAAUAUAAUCAGCCAAUUAUAAAUGGGCCGUCUGGACCAUCAGUACCAGUAAAUCAAUACCCUCCUUCAAGUACGUUUAGUCCUCCACCCUUAACAAAUCUUCCACCUACAAGUGCCAGCUAUGGACCAAGGCCACUUAAUCCAGUGUUUAGUGGUAUAAGACCUCCAACGUCAAUGCCCCCUGGUUUAGUGACAAGUCAACCUAACAUACCAUUUAAUGGACCGCCAACUUCUGCAGCCAGGAACAGUCCUUUAGCAACUGGACCACCAAUUAACAAUUUACCACCAUCCAGCUUACCUAAUUUAUCUGGACCUAUACCACCAAAAAGCAAUAUAGUUAAUGGGCCUUCUAUGUCAGGUCCACCAUCUUCAAUGGGCUCACAAAUGCCACCAAGAGGAUUACCAAGUGGCCCAUUACAAAGUGACCCAACUAGUUUUCUAACAAGGCCACCCAUGCCACCUAAUAUAAACCAACCUUUAAAUGGUCCAAUUAACCAAAUGGAUCAAAAUUACACAACUGGACCAUCUAGUUUGAGUCCACCAGGUUUGCUCAGUGGGCCAAUGAGUCAGCCUGCCCCCACAAGUGGGGUUAGUGGACCCUCAAAUACGAGUAUGCAAAAUAGAUAUCCUCAAAUGCCAUACACUAAUCUGAGUCCACAACAGCAAAUGCAAGUGCAGCAGAAUAUUGCCAAACAAUUUCCUACGCACAAUUUAUAUGGAGUAACACAACAAAUGGGGAACUUGAGUGUAACCAAACAAGGAUUUGACCAACUGUGGGGUCACCAAAUGGUAGACCUGUUACAGUGUAAACAUAUUUUGCCUGAGUAUCCUGAGGAACCAAUGGAAAUAAAACUUGGAAAUCAGUUUGCUGAUGCUCCUAACUGCAGUCCUGAAAUCUUCAGAUGCACUGUCAACCGUAUUCCCGAAACGAACUCGCUCUUACAGAAGUCUAGACUGCCUCUAGGCAUCCUAAUCCAUCCCUUCAAAGACCUAAAUCAUUUACCUGUAAUCCAAUGCACAACGAUCGUGAGGUGUCGUGCGUGUCGUACCUACAUCAACCCGUUUGUUUACUUCGUCGACUCGAAGCGCUGGAAAUGCAACCUGUGUUACAGAGUGAAUGAAUUGCCAGAAGAGUUCCAAUACGAUCCGCUAAGCAAAUCCUACGGAGACCCGUCCCGUCGUCCAGAGAUAAAGUCUGCUACAAUAGAGUUCAUAGCGCCCAGUGAAUACAUGCUGCGUCCCCCGCAGCCGGCCGUCUACCUGUUCCUUCUAGACGUUUCUCAGAUUGCCAGAGAAUCUGGAUAUUUGCAGGUGGUAUGUGAUACAUUAAAAGAAAAUCUAGACAAGUUGCCCGGCGACGCGCGCACGCAGAUCGGCUUCAUAUGCUACGAUGCUCACAUACACUAUUACUUGAUGAGCGACGGACUGACCCGGCCAAAAGAGAUGACUGUGUUGGAUAUUGAUGAUGUGUUCCUGCCGUCGCCUGAGUCGCUGCUGGUGAACCUGGGCGAGCACCGCGAGCUGGUGCUGGAGCUGCUGAGCCUGCUGCCCGCGCGCCACGCGCCGCACGCCGCGCCCGCCGCGCACGCCUGCGCGCUCGGCGCCGCGCUGCAGGCCGCAUACAAGCUGAUGUCACCUACUGGUGGGCGAAUAACCGUCUUCCAGACGUGUUUGCCCAAUGUUGGACCUGGAGCACUGCAGUCGAGAGAAGAUCCAAACGCACGUUCUUCAAAGGACGUUGCUCACUUGAACCCGGCUACGGACUUCUACAAGCGUCUAGCGUUGGACUGUAGCGGCGCUCAGAUCGCUGUGGACCUGUUCCUGCUGAGCCAACAGUAUUGUGAUCUGGCUACCCUUAGCGGCAUGAGCAAGUUCAGCGCGGGCACGGUGUACCACCUGCCGCUGUUCCGCGCGGCGCGCGCGUGGCAGGCGGCGCGCCUGGCGCACGUGCUGGCGCGCUACCUCACGCGCAAGAUCGGCUUCGAGGCGGUCAUGCGCGUGCGCUGCACCAGGGGUAUAACAAUCCACACGUUCCACGGCAAUUUCUUCGUGCGCUCUACGGACCUGCUGUCGCUGCCCAACGUGUCGCCCGACGCCGGCUUCGGCAUGCAGCUCGCCAUCGAGGAGUCGCUCUCUGACUUGCAGCAGGUCUGCUUCCAGGCGGCGCUGCUGUACACCAGCAGUAAAGGUGAAAGAAGGAUACGCGUGCACACCCUCGCCCUGCCGAUAGCGAGCACGCUGCCCGACGUGCUGCACUCGGCCGACCAGCAGUGUAUCAUUGGAUUGUUAAGUAAAAUGGCGGUGGACCGUGCAGCAUCAGCUUCCAUGUCGGAAGCAAAGGAGGCAUUGAUCAACGUGGCGGUGGACGUGCUGUCGGCGCACCGCCUCGCGCAGAACCUGCCGCAGGGCGCCGCCAGCGCCGCGCUGCACGCGCCCAUGUGUCUCCGACUGCUGCCGCUGUAUAUACUGGCGUUGUUGAAACGGAAAGCGUUCCGCACGGGCACAUCGACGCGACUGGACGAGCGUGUGGCGGACAUGUGCCUGAUGAAGUGCGCGCCGCUGCCGCAGCUGCUGCGCGCCGUUUACCCCGACCUGUACCCGCUGCACGCGCUGCACGCGCCCGCCCAGCAGCACCAGCAGCAGCAGAACCAGCAGCAGCAGCAGCAGCACCGCGACGAGGACCUGCCGCGGUUACAGCUUACUGCUGAACGGAUAAACAUGAACGGAGCGUAUCUACUAGACGACGGUGAAACGAUGAUUAUAUAUGUGUGUCACGGCGUCAGUCCCGCGUUCCUGUCGGACAUGUUCGGUGUGGCCGCCUUCAGCCAGGUGCCGGACGAGGCGAGACAGCUGCCUCUCGUGGAGAGCGACGGCAACGAGAUGCUGCACGCCUUCAUAGAUAAGUUGAACGAUGACCGGCCGUAUCCGUCUGAUAUAUUAAUUCUUAGGGACAACUCACCAUCUCGCCAUCAAUUCACAGAGCGUUUGGUGGAAGAUCGCGUAGAAUCUGCAUUCUCAUACUACGAAUUUCUUCAACACGUUAAAACUCAAGUGAAG